AUCUGGCAUCAACAUCUGUAAAAUCUAGCAUGUGCAUGCACAUCUCUUCGAAUGACUUUAUAUUGAUGCUUAUUUGUGUCUAAUAUUUGUUUGCUUUGGAUUAUUUUGUAGGUUUACCAUCAUCUUGGAAAUGGAACAGUUGGACCUUAUGACCCCUAUGCACAAACCCUUUGUACUGAAUGCCAAAGCUCUAAGGAUGAGAAUCUUCUAUUGCUUUAUGACCUCUGUGAUUCUGCUACUCAUACUUACUGUGUUGGUCUGGGGGUAAUUGUACUUGAGGGUGAUUGGUACUGUCAUGAUUCUGCUGCUCAUACGUACACACUGAAUGCAGGCCACUUGAUGAUUUGUUCCCGCCUGACUUCUUGGACAGGUUAUCUACACAGUGUAGUGUACCAGCUACACAGGACUUGAAGAUGAUGUCAACGUGUAUGAAAAAUGCUAGGCCAUAUAAAUCUAUGCUUAGCUAAGGUGGAUAAUCAUGAAAUGAUAGUCAUUACAAAACAGCCAAGCAAAUCAGAAAGGAGCUCAACCCAAAAAGUGAAUGAUUAUAAACUUGGUCCGAUUGACAAAAAAAAAAAAAGAGGUUAUAGAGCCUGUCCAAACACACAAGAAGCCUGCUCUGAUGUGGCACCUCUGAUGAAGAAGCCGAAAGGUUCAUGUUCCCCUCAAGAUGGUAAUGAAGAACCCACCCACCCUCCUGAAAAUCUUGAAUUGCCUCCAGUUGUAGAGGAGAUGUGUGAUGCCGUGGAUGACCCAGUUCAUGGUUCAAAUGAUGAGGCUGUUGAUGCUGCCAAGGAUGAAGAGAUGGAUACUGUGAAGGAGCUGGCAGAGGAGCCAAAUGAACCCGUAGUACAGAAUGCAUCCGAUGUAACUGUAGAAGAGCUCUCAGAGAAGCCAAGAGAAACAACUGAAAUGUUUGAUGGGCGUCUUCAAGUUAGUGAAGCGAAUGAUGAUCCACAACAGUCCACUGGAGAAGUUGAAAGUGAGAGGGAAGAAGGAGAGCUAGUGCCAGAUGGGGCCUAACCACAAGACAAUGUUGAUGUGGCAAGCGUGAUAGACAUGGAACCCGACGAUAGCUUGUGUGAGCCUGGUGAUGCAGCGGCCGACAUUGAUAAUGACAAAGCAAUUGUUGAUAUGGGUGAUCCAGCCGUUGAGAUUGCUUCCCCUAUGCCUACUGUGACUCAUGCUAGAACAGUCAAUCCACUGUCUGCUUUGAUAAACAAAUGGGAUUCAUAAUCAAGCUGCCACGAAUAGUAAAAGCUUGUCUUCCUGUGGAAAAAGAAGAAGGAAACAAGAUCUCUGGAAAAAGAAGAAGUCCUAGUCUCAGUGCCCUAUGGGGCAAUUCCCAAAAAAACACAACCAAGGAAAAAUUCUCUCAAUGAAGCCAAUAGGGGCAGCAGCAGCAAUGACAGAAAUCUUGGAUGCACAGCAUCAACAACAAUGGCAAUUUGUUUGUUUUGAAAACUUUAAAUAGACCAUUAAUUGUUUUGUUGGUACUGUGCUGAUUUUUGUCUUGAUGGAUGUUAAAUGGGUGAAACAUGCACAAGUUCAAUCA